AUGUUGAUGCCAGUGCAAUCUGUGGCUCUGUCUCACUCCAAAAUCAUAAAAAACAGCACUAGUAGGGCAGCCUCAUUCGCCCCCGAUCGCCUUUCACUUGCCAAGAACACACGGCAAGAGAAAGAAAUCGACGUAUUCGAUGCAUGGAACUACUUCAACGAAGGGCUGAGGCACACUCCCAAAAUCUGCACCAAGAGUUUGCCCAAUCACCAUCACCCUCAGAACCUCAAGAAAGAAGUUGUCCAAACUGCAGUCAAGGAACAUCCGCCACUCGAACCCGAGAAGCCAAGCAAGAAGAGCUUGCUUGCUACCAUUGGCUGGAACUGCUCCUGCUUGACCAUGAGUGGAAGAUCAAAACCAGGAAACAAAAGCAGGAGAGCCCAAUUUGGCUCCCCAAUCCCCAUAAAAGGGAACAACUGCUUCAACGCGGCCACAAACCUAGCCAUGCUCACUUGGGAUGAGGACUUCAAAAUCCCUUCAACUUCAAGCGAAACGCACAACGACACUGACAGCGAUGCAAGCUCAGAUUUGUUCGAAAUCGAGAGCUUCUACAUCGACAACCCUUUUGAACCCACAACAUGCUAUGAUGCUCCGAGCAUAGAGUGGAGCGUUGUCACUGCCAGCGCUGCAGAUUUCUCAGACUCAGACGAAGCAUCCUCCACCAUCCUGAUGCCGUGUAUAAGGAAAUCCGGCUUGAACGCGAAAACUGCUUCCUUCAGAGAAAUGCCAAAGAUUCGGCCGAGUUUUCUCUCAGGCUGCAAGAGUCAGAAAGCUGUUGGAGUUGUGGGAGAUGCACAGACGAGAAGACGGCCCGUCACGCCCAUGAUAACAGCAAGCUGA